AACCCCAUACUGUUUACUCCUCUUUGUGCCCACUCCCCCUCUAUUUCCUCUUCAAAAGCCCUCGCCCUGCGCUUCUUGUUCUCCCACCUCACAAAUCUUUAGCUAAAAAACUCUUGAAACAAUCCAUGUUCUUCUCUUCCAACCACGCUCACUCCUCCUUCAACUUCAACCAGCAUGAAGAACAAGGGCUCGAGGACCAAAGCCAUGAAACGGAACCCAUGUUCGAGAAGCCCUUGACCCCCAGCGAUGUGGGCAAGCUCAACAGGCUCGUUAUACCCAAACAGCAUGCCGAGAAGUACUUCCCGCUCGGCGGUGAGUCCAGCGACAAAGGGUUGCAGCUGAGUUUCGAGGACGAGUUGGGAAAGUGUUGGCGUUUCCGUUACUCGUAUUGGAACAGCAGCCAAAGCUACGUGUUGACCAAAGGGUGGAGCCGAUAUGUCAAAGAGAAGCAGCUUGAUGCCGGUGACAUUAUCUUGUUCCAACGACACCGUUCGGAUGGUGAUAGGUUCUUUAUAGGUUGCAGGAGGCGCGGUGCAGCCUCGACACCAGUUGAUGGCAGAAACACCGUAACUGGCUCUGGAGGCGGCGGCGGCGAUGAAAUGUGGUGUGGCAGUAGGGGAUUGUAUCAAGGACAUCCUUAUCUUGGCCAUAUACAAGGCCAUGCUGCUAAUCUGCCAUACCCCCCAGGCUGCCUUCAUGCAGGGAACAUUGUUGAAAGCGAAGGUGCAGCAGCCGGGAACCCAAGGAGGCUGGUGCGGCUGUUUGGGGUGAAUCUAGAGUGCCAGCUCGACGAAUCGGAGCCAUCGACAAUCCAGCCGCCAGUUUUAUAACUCUCAGUCGUACCCUUCAAACUACAUGGAUGUGAAUUUCAGGAUGAGAUAUCAACAAGGAUAAGAUCUGAAGACGUGACAUCCAAGAUUUUAUUUUUGCUGACCCCCUCCCCCACUUGGAAAUGUCAAAAUUAUAUUAUUAUUAUCAAAAGAAAUUAAAAUCAU